AUGUUACUGUGGUUAGACCCAAUCAAUCACCCUGCUCCACCUCUCACCAGUCACUAUUGUUGGCCGCUACAAUCAGCUACUGGAAAUCGUCAUAGGCUCUUUCGCAUCAACCUUGCAGGAGGAGCUGCUGCUAUUACUGAAACAUGGAGAUUUAGGAAGUCGGUUAAUUUAUGCAUUGAACAAAUUCUUUGCAUGGAUGGAAGCCGAAUGCAAAAAGAGUUGGCAAAUAUAAUGUUGAGAAGGUAUCCAAAUCAUCCAACAAUAACAAAACUUAUAUCCAAACGUUUCUACCCUUCUCUAAGACUCUUGGGCGAAAAGACUACCCUUCUAUCACCCGAUACUGUUGUUGCAUCUGGCAUUCCAUGUUGCAGGUUAGUACAGAACCCUGGUGAAUUUGUAAUGACAUUUCCAAGGGCUUACCACAUAGGAUUCUACCAUGCUUUCAAUUGUGGGGAAGCUGCUAAUUUUGGAACCCCAAAGUGGCUUUCAGUAGCUAAAGAGGCUGCAGUGCGCAGAGCUGCCAUGAAUUUUCUUCCUAUGCUUUUUCAUCAACAACUGCUUUACCUACUGACCAUGUCAUUUAUUCCAAGGGUGCCUAGGUCCUUGUUACCAGGGAUAAGAAGCUCUCGUUUAAAAGAUCGUCAGAAAGAAGAACAUGAGCUUUUGGUGAAGAAGGAAUUCAGUUCUUCACCAUUCUGUUAA